AUGGACCCUUCUGAUUUGACCCCCCCGAACACCAAAACCGUUGAGAACCUGCCUCCCACCCAUCGAUCUUCAUCUCCCCAUUCGUCUCGGAAAGAACCCAGACGCAUGUCGCCGUUCGCUGCACAGAAUCGCUCCUUCGCGGCGCCUGACCCAGGCCAGCCACAGCCUGUCGACGAAGUGACUCCCAUCGUGAGCAACUCGGACACCUCGCGGCGACGCUACAACUCCACAGACGGUCUGCAGAACGGGAAUUCAGGGCCCGGAAAUGGUCGCGUCAAGAGUCCUUCCGUGCAGCCGGGCUCCGAUGCGCAGUCCAACACAGACGAGCAUCGAGCUUCCUGGUACAGCCGACUGGCAGAUCGAUAUGGUAGUCUAGAAUUGGAGAACAAGGGCAGUGUGGCCCGGGAUCACCUCGCGUUGGCAUGGCUGAGAACUUCCCUUGCGUUUGCCUCCUUAGGCAUUGCUAUCACCCAAUUAUUCCGUCUGUCAUCAUCCGGAAAUAGCCACACCGCGGCAGUGUCCGACAUCUCGGCCCAGGCCUUUCCACCUCUCCUUUCCUCCGGGUUCUAUGACGCAUCGAAUGUCGAGGCGCAAUACUCCUCAGCGCGACUGCGAAGCAUUGGCAAGCCUCUCGGGACAACCUUCAUUGGCGUGGCGAUACUGAUCCUGUUGAUCGGGUUUCAUCGCUACUUCGAAAGUCAGUACUGGAUCAUUCGCGGCAAAUUCCCCGCCAGCCGGGGCAGCGUAGCACUGAUCGCGUUGGUCGCUGCCGGUCUGAUUAUAUCCUCAUUAGUUGUUAUUUUAGCGAUCUCGCCGAGUGCAGUCGAACGGUGA